AAAGCCAUGGCAAGAACCAAGCAGACCGCUCGUAAAUCCACCGGAGGAAAAGCCCCCAGGAAGCAGCUGGCCACCAAGGCUGCCCGUAAGAGCGCCCCGGCCACCGGCGGAGUGAAGAAGCCUCACCGUUACAGGCCCGGUACCGUGGCUCUCAGAGAGAUCCGUCGCUACCAGAAAUCCACCGAGCUGCUGAUCCGCAAGCUGCCCUUCCAGCGCCUGGUCCGAGAAAUCGCUCAGGACUUCAAGACCGACCUGCGCUUCCAGAGCUCCGCCGUCAUGGCUCUGCAGGAGGCCAGCGAGGCCUACCUGGUCGGCCUGUUCGAGGACACCAACCUGUGCGCCAUCCACGCCAAGAGGGUCACCAUCAUGCCCAAAGACAUCCAGCUGGCCCGCCGCAUCCGCGGAGAGAGGGUGAACUUUGAUUUCAUGGGGGGUGAUGGGUUGUCUAGUGUAAAGAUGAGUGGACGCGGAAAAGGAGGAAAAGGACUCGGUAAAGGAGGCGCUAAGCGUCACCGUAAAGUUCUCCGUGAUAACAUCCAGGGCAUCACCAAGCCCGCCAUCCGCCGUCUGGCUCGCCGCGGCGGAGUGAAACGUAUCUCCGGUCUGAUCUACGAGGAGACCCGCGGCGUGCUGAAGGUGUUCCUGGAGAACGUGAUCCGUGAUGCCGUCACCUACACCGAACACGCCAAGAGGAAGACCGUGACCGCCAUGGAUGUGGUGUACGCUUUGAAGAGACAGGGCCGCACCCUGUACGGCUUCGGAGGUUAAACGUGAUCCGGAGAAACUACAACAACCCAACGGCUCUUUUAAGAGCCAC